AUGAAGCACCGUGAGGGCAGGAAACCUCUGACGGUGGUGCUAAAGCUGGGUACCAGCUCCAUUGUUGAUGAAAAGACCCAUCAGCCCCUCCUAUCUAUUCUCAGUCUGAUUGUCGAGACGGCGGUGAAGUUGAGGAAAGAUGGCCAUAGGGUGGUCAUUGUCUCAUCCGGCGCCAUUGGCGUCGGUCUUCUUCGCAUGGAAAUGGACAGACGGCCGAAGCACUUGUCAACGCUACAGGCGUUAGCAGCCAUCGGCCAGUGCAGACUCAUCAGUCUGUGGGACGAUUUGUUCAGUCACUUUAGACAACCCGUCGCCCAGAUUCUGCUCACUCGAAACGACAUAGCAGAUCGAACACGAUACCUCAAUGCUCAAAACACGUUCAACGAGCUCCUCGACAUGGGUGUCAUCCCCAUCGUUAACGAGAACGAUACCCUGGCGGUGUCAGAAAUCAAGUUUGGCGACAAUGACACCCUCUCCGCCAUCGCCGCCGGCAUGGUCCACGCCGACAUGCUUUUCCUCAUGACCGACGUGGAUUGUCUCUACGACAAGAACCCCAGAACCCACCCUGACGCCCAAGCCAUUGAGGUAGUCGAGGACAUAUCCAGCAUUCAAGCGGAUGCCGGCUCCGCCCUCGGCACCGGCGGCAUGAUGACCAAGAUCGUCGCCGCGAGGCUAGCAACCUCCGCAGGCGUGACGACCGUCAUUACCCGCUCCUCCAACCCGGGCAACAUUGUCAAGAUAGUGCGCUAUGUCCAGGCCCAGCAAAAGUCCUCCCCGCGCUUAGAUGCCACCACAAUCCAAGACGGCGAAGACCACGACACCGACCACGAGCACAACGACCAUACCGAAGACCCCCUGUCCCAGUCCACCGCCUCCCUACGCCUCGACCAGUCCGUUGAGAAGCCCCCUUUGCAUACCCGCUUCCUCCCCUCCUCGGAGCCGAUCCGCGACCGCCACUUUUGGCUCAUCCACGGCCUCAAGCCCCACGGCACGCUGUACAUCGACGCCGGCGCCCACAGUGCCCUGCUCCGCAAGGCCGGGCUGCUCCCGGCCGGUGUGCUCGACGUCGAGGGCAACUUUGCGCAGCAGGAGGCCGUCCGCCUCGUCGUCGUGGACCGGCUGCACUGUUCGAGCGCGAACCAGAGCGGCAAGCUGUGGGGCGGCACGCCAGUCGAGGUCGGCCGCGCGCUGGUCAACUACGCCGCGCCCGAGAUCAUGCGCAUCAAGGGCCACCAGAGCUCGGACAUCGGAGGGCUGCUGGGGUACGCCGAUAGCGAGUACGUGGCGGAGAGGCAGCACAUUCGCAUCUUUAGCCGCGAGAGCCGGCCGGUGACGCCGAGCAUCGAGAAGGCCAAGGAGCAGAUUGUCGAGGAGGUGAUUUCAGGGAUCACCGGGUAUGAGCAGAAGACGUAA